CAUCUACUGAACACUGAAUCCAUAAAAUCGUCCCUGGGAACGUAGGCUGGGUCUACUUCUGUGCGUGAGUCUGAGUUCACGUUAUCAAACGAACUUCCCGACUUUGUUUACUUGUUGGAUUUACUCGUGCAGAAUUAGUUUUCGUGUGAAAUAUCUGUGCGCUUGAUAUGCCGUCCAGAUGGGAAGAUUUGUCUACAUUCUAUGUCAAGUGAAUCGCAUUCUGUGCGUCAAAACACUUCUGUCAAGCCCGAUAUAUUUAUCCGCACACAAUAAAUUGCACAAACACGGCGUUUUUGAGGAACGUGAAUGCGGAUAUCGAUACCUGCCUUACAGAAAUCAUUCAAUUGAUAUUCUCCAGUGACUUUUUUUUAUCAGCCCAUUUGUCUUUCAGUCUAUCUUUGUAGCACGAGAGGAAACCAAAGUUACCCACAUGUGUGCAGUUGUUAAGCGGAUUUAGGAAGAAAAUGGGAAGCACGGCAAAUGACUCCAAGAAGAGAGACGUGAAGACACCCAGAAAGAACAGGAUGCUUCGACUAAACAUGCCCGACCUCAGCUCUUUUGCCAUGCCCUUCCUGGAGGGAGAUGCCAGCCAUGUGAAUAAGGACAACAUACCCAAGGGUGAUGGCAGUUGCCAGUCAGCCAGCCCGACGAAAGGCUUCUUCUCGCGGGGGCCUUUCAGUAGGCCCUCCAGUCCCAAGUCUGCUCCUGCCAGGACCAGGAACAGCCCAAGCUCCCCGAAAACCAUCUUUCCCUACCCUUCGUCCCACCAGGACUCCCCACCCAAGUCGCCUCGUCGCUUGAGCUUCAGUGGCAUCUUCCGCUCCUCUUCAAGGGAAUCAAAGGACUCUACCUCUAACUCCACCUCUCCCGUCAGCAUCAAGCUCUUCUCCAGAGCUAGGAAAGCUUCAGGUGUCUCCUCGCCUCCCUUGACUCCCCCGACGCAGGUUGCCAAGCAGCCUCCGGCGUUCCUGCUGGAGGCCUAUCGGAUUGAGCCAGAAAGGCCGGAGACACGGAUGCGCUCCUACUCUUCUCCACCAGACACUGGGCAGCACUUACGCCUACCGUGCGCCAAACCAGCCACGACUCCUUCCGCCCCCAUCGCUACCUCACGAUCACGAACAGUCCACGGUUUAACUGAAGGCAUGCUGGAGAAACUUGAUCUAGAAGAUGAAGCUGUUGAAGAAUCAGAGAGUGAUAUAUACAUGCGCUUUAUGAAGUCACACAAAUGCUACGACAUUGUUCCGACCAGCUCCAAGCUUGUGGUUUUUGACACAACCUUGCAAGUGAAGAAGGCUUUCUUUGCUUUGGUUGCCAACGGGGUGAGGGCAGCUCCACUAUGGGAGACAAAGAAACAGAGCUUUGUCGGAAUGUUAACAAUCACAGAUUUCAUCAACAUCCUCCACAGAUACUACAAGUCACCCAUGGUACAAAUCUAUGAGCUGGAAGAACAUAAGAUUGAAACUUGGAGAGAGCUCUACUUGCAGGAAACCUUUAAGCCAUUAGUCAACAUAACACCUGAUGCAAGCAUAUUCGAUGCGGUUUACUCGCUCAUAAAGAACAAGAUCCACAGGCUGCCCGUCAUCGACCCGGUGUGUGAGAUGCCAAAGCCUGCUUUUAUGAAGCAGAACCUGGAGGAGCUGACCAUAGGCACCUACCACGACAUCGCCUUCAUCCACCCCGACACACCCAUCAUCAAGGCCCUCAACAUCUUUGUGGACCGAAGGGUGUCUGCACUUCCCGUGGUGGAUGAGUCAGGGAAGGUUGUGGAUAUCUAUUCCAAGUUUGAUGUCAUCAACCUUGCUGCUGAGAAGACCUACAACAAUCUGGACAUCACGGUGACCCAGGCUCUGAGGCAUCGCUCGCAGUACUUCGAAGGGGUCAUGAAGUGCAACCGGCAUGAGACACUGGAGACCAUUGUGGACAGGAUAGUCAAGGCAGAGGUCCACAGGCUGGUGGUAGUGGACGAGAACGCCCGGAUCGUGGGCAUCGUGUCUCUGUCGGACAUCUUGCAGGCCCUGGUGCUCACGCCGGCAGGCAUCAACAGAAAGAGCAGCCAACCACAACCGCCACCAGAGGCACAGACAUCACCAGAGGCAUUGGUAGAGGCAGAACCAGAGGCUAACACUGAGGUAGUGGUGGUAGAGGCAUUCCCAGACACGGAGACAGAAGAACAUGUUGCUGAGCCAGCAACGACGGUAGAAGGGAUAGUGGAAGCUGAUGUUGAGGAGGGGACACCGGAAGAGACAGCAGCUGAGGGGAUGAAGUCUGAGGCAGUGACGGAGGCUGAGGUGAUGAAGGAUGAGGCAGAGGCUGAGGGGAUGAAGGAUGAGGCAGAGGCUGAGGGGAUGAAGGAUGAGGCAGAGGCUGAGGGGAUGAAGGAUGAGGCAGAGGCUGAGGGGAUGAAGGAUGAGGCAGAGGUUGAGGGGAUGAAGGAUGAGGCAGAGGCUGAGGGGAUGAAGGAUGAGGCAGAGGCUGAGGGGAUGAAGGAUGAGGCAGAGGCUGAGGGGAUGAAGUCUGAGACAGAGGCUGAGGUGAUGAAAUUUGAAGCAGAGACGGAGGCUGAGGGGAUGAAAUCAGAGACUGAGGUGGAGACUGAUGGGAUGAAGCCUGAGGCAGAGGCGGAGGCUGAGGAGAUGAAAUCCGAGACGGAAGUGAAGACUGAUGGGAUGAAGCCUGAGGCAGAGAACGAGACUGAGGAGAUGAAGCCUGAGGCGGAGACGGAGGCUGAAGGGGUGAAGCCUGAGGCAGAGACGGAGGCUGAAGGGGUGAAGCCUGAGGCAGAGACAGAGGCUGAAGGGGUGAAGCCUGAGGCAGAGACGGAGGCUGAGGGGGUGAAGCCUGAGGCAGAGACGGAGGCUGAGGGGGUGAAGCCUGAGGGAGAGACUGAGGCUGAGAAACCUGAAGCAGAGACAGAAGCUGAGGGGUUGAACUCUGAGGCAGAGACUGAGGCUGAGGUGGAGUUUAAGGCCGAUGUGAUGAUGGCUGAGGCUGAAGCUGAGUUGGUGGCGGAAGCUGAAGCCAAGGUGGAUGUGGUUCCAGUUAUGGAUGAAGUUGGGACUGAGGCUGUUGUGGAGGCAGACUGAUGUUGGACACAAGGAUGGUGAAGAUUGAGAGGCAGAGUAACAUCUGUGGCAUUUCCUACAUGCUGAUAGUGACCUGCCAUGACACGAGACGCAAGAAGAUGACUGUGAGCAAGUGCGAUGACAAGAUAUGGUCACAUGGGUGACAGACUUGGUCUGACUAAAGCGAUUUUCCCGUUGCAGAAACAUUCUAGAAUGUUGCCGAUAGAAAUUUCAUGGGUAAAGCAGAUAUGAUUCCUAAUUCUACUUGAACGUUCCAGAAUAUACCAACCACACACCCCACUACACCCCCCCCCCCCCCCCAGUCUAUGGGCCCCAUCCAACAGAUACAAUACACCCCUGAAGAAAAACAUAUUGGAGCUAAGACCGUAUCAAGUAAAAUCUGACUGAUUUGGUUUAAAAUGUGUUAAUGGUUUGUCAAGUUCAGGAGAAUAUCAGAGAAGAUCAGGCCAUCAUUGUGUGAUUUGAUGUGUGGAAAUGUGGCCUAAGUUGGUCACUCCAGUGCACAUAGACCGCUGCAGCAUGGGUUGGAUUGAAGCUGACGGUUAUUUCAGCACACCCUCUCUCUCCAUGAAGCAUAAAAUUCCCAAAAGGAAGUAUGGAAGGGAGAAAGAAAGGGAGUGGAAAGGUGUGUUACAACUGAAUGUGAGCAUAUCCAAAACCAAAACCCAUUUCCAAUUUAUGGAUGUAUGCUACAUCAAAAGUUUUGUUUAUUUUGCUGAAAUUGAAAUUAUUUUCUAGAACCAAAGUUUGGUUCUGUGCUAUAUUCCUGCAAUGUUAAUUUUCAAAUCAUGUAAUUCUGUAAAGAUAGAUUAAAAGAUGUAUUUAUUUAUUUUUAAAUAGUCUUUUCUGUGUUUAACUACUAUUUUCAAAGGGGGUGGAAAUUAAUGAAAAUGAAACAAUGUCAUGAUGACUGUACAUUUAAAUUCAAGAAGCAGCAGCUGCCUAUUUACAGUAUAUUCAGUAUUUAUCUCUCCACUUACUGUGGUGGUAUGCAAGAUAUAUCUUUUACUCUAUCGGUCAUUCUGUAGUGUAAAUAUAGAGAAACCUUCAUACUGAGAAAACUUUAAGUGCCAGAGAAAGGAACCGUUUUUUUGUUUUCUUUGUUUUUGUGUAUUUAAAACGGCAAGAUCCUGUUCUUUGUAACAUUGUUGUUGUGGAGUAUAUUGUUGAUACUGUCAGAUGAGGGGUUCAUACAUUGUACCCAGCUCUGGCGUCAGUAUGACACUAAUGGUAAUACAUGUUGAAGAUUUCAUUUAUUUUGUUUUUAUUUUGCAGUUUGAAAAGUAAUAAAACCUACUACUGAAUCGUCA